UCUUAAAGCCUCUCUCUCUCUCCCGCAACGUCUUCUUUUGCAAAGAAGAUUAUCAUUCUCCGCCGCCGAGACUUUUUCCUUCUUUCGCGAAGAUAUGGUUUGAGAAUAUACCCACCGGAAUCGGCAAUCUCUUGCGGAUCACCAAUCGGAUGAUUUCCGAUCCCAACGACAACCCCAUCAUCCUCUACGCCUGCGUCGCCAAGGGCCCGACGGUGCUCGCCGAGAUCAGCUCCUCCGCCGCCAGUGAUCUCGCCACCCAGUGCCUCGCGGCCGCCCCCCGCUUUCACCGCCACUAUUCCCAUACUGCUGGUGGCCGGAUCUACGCCUUUCUCAUGGAGAACCCCCUCAUCUUCUUCGCCAUCGCCGACGAGACCCUCGGCAAGCCCAAGAUCCUCCUCUUCCUCCGCCGCCUCCGCGAUGUCUUCUUCGCCUCCUUCUCCAUUGGCAUUGGCGGCGCCAAUGAGCGUCCCUCCCCCCUCUGCUUCCAGAGGGAGUUCCUCCCAGAGCUCCGCCGCCUCGUGCUCCCGCUCUCCUUCCAAGUGGACAAGCCUCCGUCGCCGCCGCCGGCGGAUCCCCCUCCAUCGGCGUCCUGCGGAUCGGAUAGCGAGAAAAAGACGCCGAAGGAAACAAAGAAGAAGAAGAAGAGCAAGGUGACCACCGAGGAGCAUAGCAUCAGUGGCAUUGCUUCCCAUGAUUCCGGAGCUGAGAGCAGGGUAGAGAUAUUGGCAGCAGAUGCCGAUCCAAGAACGAAAACGGUCCAGGGGGUUUGGAGGCAGAACGUUCGGACGGUAGUCCUCAUUGAUCUGGCGUUCUGUAGUCUACUGCUUGGGAUUUGGCUAUCGGUGUGCAGGGGUUUUCACUGCAUUGGCAGCUGAGAAAGGCUUUCAUCUCAAGCUGGUUUGCUUCGACGAUGGGAGAGCUUCCAUGCUCAGAAUGUUCCAGGGUACAGGUGGGAGGUAACUGACUAAACUGAAUCCUUUUAUUGCGGCACUGAAUUUUGGUGAUGUGAGCUUGGAUGGCAUUCAGCAAAUUCUUAGAUUUUUUCCCCCCUUUGGACUGUAUUACGUGGUUAGUGCAUGUAUACAUAUAUUUGAGAAUCUGCCAGCAUUUCUUUUACAGGGUUCUGCUUCUGUAAGUCAUGGUGUUGAUUUGCUAAUUAAUCAAUGCAAUCUGAGAAUGUGAUUGGUGUGAUCGGUUAGAAUUUUUGUGUAAAUUAUAGAUCCAUUUAGAGUGUGUAUUGCUAGUUUCUCAAUUGUCUGGAUUUUGAUGAAUUUAUCCAUGUUAAGCUUUUGAUUAUUGUAGCAUGCAUGUGAGCAUACAGCAUGCAAUUAAUCAGGAGAACUAAGGGGGAAUUCUUCUGCUAUCUGAUAUCAGCAAAACAUUGGGUUGUUUUAUUGUCAUGUGAAUCUGAUGUCAGCAAAUUGUUCUUUCUCAUGAUGAGUAUAACGUCAUGUGAUUGACAAUUAUGGCUCUUAAGCAAGGGGGUUUCUUGCUGUCAUGCAAUAUUCAAUAAUAUUAUGAUAUAUUUUGAUUUUAGCGGAGAAUUAAGGCUCUAUCCUCUUCAGAGGAGAAGGACUAACCUACUGGGGAAAUCAGUAUGGACCAAUGAGCAGUCUAGAUCUUUAGGAAGCUCUUUUGUAAUCAAUUUUUUCCUUCAACCCAGAUUUCGUGUCAUUGGCUUCUGCAUGAUCCUGAUCCUGUGGUUCUUGUCAUCUAUAAAUUUGCUUAGAAUCUUCAGUAACUAUUGCAUUUUAUAGUAAUCUGGGGAAUCAGUAUCUUAUCUUAUGUUUUUAGAUUUUAAGUCAUUGAUUCUCCAUGACAUGAUCUAUUGCUUCACUCCUUGUGAGCAUGGCGUCCUUUUCCAAUGGGGCAUACUUUCAUGAGCAUUUUGGGCUCAAUCCAUGUUGAAGUGAAUGUGGUUGGAUUCAUUUAAUGAUCACAAACAAAAGAGAAUUAAGCCUUCUAGCUCCAUUCAGAAAUUUCAAUUGAUUCACAGGAGAAGUCUAGGAGCGGUAUCAAAAUGAUGUUAAAAGCAAGAUAGUGGGAUAAGAGGGGAGACCAUAACUAAUUACAUAGAAAUUGGUACACAUGUAUGAUAUAUAGGUAUUAGAUAUGUGCAAAUAAUUUUAUGCUUGUUAAAUCUGAAACUAUAUAUACUUUCACAAGACAGAAUAUACGUGCUAUGCCUGUUUCUUAAGUACUGUAGGGAAAAGAUUUAGGUCACAUAUACCGUGACUGCAAAUAUGGAAGGAACGGAUGAUUUGAGAAAAUCAUGUCUAUCAUCUUCAGUUGUUUUUAAGACUGGACAUGUUAUGCGAUCUAGAGAUAUUGCUGGACCUCGUAUCUUAGAGCAUUUUGUUGAUGUCAUUUCAUAUGUGGAGGUUGUUUGUCUCUUAUUGCUUUAAACAGGUUUAUCAUGUAUAUUUGCAAUAAUAACUGCAUAAAGUUGACUUGUUCUCUUGAAUAUUUUAAAGAUUUGAAUUGUCAUAUGAGGUCAAUCAAUCGCAUGAGAUAUGAAAUGCUCAUGAUGUAUCUUUUGCAUUGUCUACUGUGAUUGAUGUGCAACUAUGCAAAAAGAAGAAGAACAAGAACGAAAUGGCAUUAUAAGCUCAGUUUAUCCUAUCGUCUCAAGGUUGGAAGUCUUUUAGGAUAUCGUACCCAUAGAAAUUUCUCAUUGCUUCAGCAGUUAUCUUGGUUCAAACAACAUCCGUGUUUAUUAAAUUUUAUCCUUGAUAUCUGAAGGAGCAGACUAGUCUGUUGGAACAGAAGUUUCUACUGAUGUCCGGUAAGGUUGGUGGAAACUGCUGUUCUAUAUGCUUUAUGCCAGUGAAAAACCUGUAUAUUAGGAAAAAAAAAGCUUUCCAACUUAAUAAAUGAUUUAUAAUCAAUGAAUACCUGCCAUAUUCUUGAAAUUCCUGUUCUUAAACUUAAUAAUUAUAGUCAUUGAAUACCCACCAUAUUUAAGGCUGCAGCUGCCAGAACUUGAGGUUAUGUUGUUCUGCAAUCAUGAAACUCUACCAUAGAAUAUCUUCUGAGGUUAUUUUCUUAAGGCAUAACAUACUAUAGUAUCAAGUGAAAUGAAGGAUUACAUCAUUGAGCGAGUGUGAAGUAGCAGCAAUAAUGCAACAAUCUUAUUCAAACUGGUAACCGAUACAUUCUGAGAAACUCAAAAAAUGUCCUCUAAUAAGAUACCUGUUGUGUUUUCCUGAUCUAUUGGAGUUGAUGUCAAGAGAGGCAGGCUCCAACCUCAGUCAAUUUGUUUCAUAUUGCUAAUAUAGCCUGGUGGUAUAUUGCCUCCCCUACAAGAAGGAACGAAUACAUGGCUUUAAUAUCAAUUCUAAGCCACAGUAAUUGCUGCAUUAGCGUGUCGUGCAAAAUACAUCGUAAGGCCUUAAAGGAGCAUUAUAUAUCUGCUAUAGAAGACCACUGUAUGACUAAAUGUGUUGUAUGUACACGUGUGCGGAUAUCUAUUAUAAUUGGGCCUUAUUAGGCAUCCGAACUCAAUUCGGGCCAGGGAAGACCACUUUAGAUGUUUUUUCUGGGCCCAAAGUUAAGCUGCACCGAGUUCCUGCCUGUUCUAAUUUCAGAGAGAAAAGGCACAAAGGUGUUUCAGCCCAGGAGGACGUGAAGCAACCUUAAUGAAUCCCCGUUCGGCCUACUUAUGCCAAACCAAACAGGCUGUAACGAAGACGACUUGGAUGGAAAACCUGACAAACAAUCACAUUUUGGAGAGCAGGUCGAGAAUAUGAAAGCGAGUUUCUAUAUGGUGGGAUUUGGGAAUAUCCAGCCUUUGUGCUUAAGAGGUAGGCAUGGCUAGGAAAAGGAAGAUGGCUUUGAUAAUUUCAGACGGAAAAGGACAAAGCUGUAGCUAUCAUAUUUUAGAAGCCAGGUUAUGAGCAAUAUGAACUCUGAAUAUCUGAUGCUGGUUGUGCCUACAGAUUGUGAUGUUGAGAUGGUCCUAUAAUUUUUGUGGAUUUGUUAUGGUAUGUAUAUUAACACAAAAAUAACAGUUUUUAAAACAGAAAAUAUAUAUUUUUAUUCUGUCU